AUGUCUGUGGGAAAGAUUGUUGGAGACCACAAAUAUAGGAUUGAAUGUCCAAUCGCAAGGGGUGCAUUUAGCACCGUAUACCGAUGUGAAGAAAUUAGUACUGGCAAGGUGUAUGCUGUGAAGGUAGUGAAUAAAGCACUUGCUGAGGCGAAUAAUAUGCGGGGGGCUUUGGUACGAGAGAUCAACGCUAUGGAGGUGGUGGCUUCGUCCAAGUAUCUAGUGAAUUUAGUAGAUAAACUCGUUUCAGCACGGAACUAUUAUCUUGUAAUGGAUUAUGUAGAAGGAGGAACCUUGCUAGACUUCAUUCGGGAGACGCGCCUUACAGCAUCAUCACAGUGGACUCGCAGACUUUUUCGACAACUGCUUAAUGGUAUAGAAAGACUUCAUGAAGCUAACGUUGUCCAUCGUGAUAUUAAACCAGAGAAUAUACUACUAAAUAAGGAACGUACACAAUUAAUGAUAUCAGAUUUUGGAUUUGCAUGUUGUGCCCCGCCUGGUCGUUUACUACAUCGACCAUGUGGAACACUAAAAUAUUGUGCCCCUGAGUUGUUAGUACGAUGUCCCGAAUACGAUGGUCGUAAAGUUGAUAUUUGGGCUGCUGGUGUGACACUUUAUGUUAUGCUGUUUGGUGAACAUCCAUUUAAAGGUGAUGAGAAGAAUGUCGAUACUCUUGUGGAGUCUAUCAUGUCAGGAAAGUAUUCUUUUCCAACUCCAGUAUCACCAGAUUUAGAACACCUUUUCUCUGUUAUGUUACAUCCCAUUCCAUCUAAACGAUGGUCUGUAAAGAAAUUACUGCGUCAUGCUUGGGUACUCGGAGCUCAUAAUAAUGGUGUAGGGUCUGUACUUAAUUGCAUAUCUAUUUCAAAAACUAUUUCAGAAAUAAAUGAAGGUGAAAAGCGAGGGUUAGUAGAAAGAUCGUAUCUUGUACGGUCACCUUUGGCAAAAAUGUUGAAAGAAGAUGAUUCCGAUUUAUCAACACGUCAAUGUCGUUCAUGCCCUGUUUUACAUAAAGAACUAAAUUACAAGAAUACUCCUGAUGAAUACAGAGGGUUAAGUGAAUACAGUGACACGGAUUCAAAUGGUACAAGCAGUGAUGCUACGGAACGUGUAGGAGAAGAACGUCACUCUUAUUGUGAAUCCCUCCAAUGUGGACUGCGGAGUAACAGUAACAGUAUUAGCGCUACUUCAUUCACACCAAACAGUAGUAUAAGCUCAACCAUAUCUUCUUCUGAUUCUUCUUUAAUGAAUGAAGAUGAUUCUCCAGUUACACAUAAGCAUGACUUCAUGUGUACCUUGAGAGUUGUUGUAAAUUUUUUCUUAUUCUGUACAGCUUUGGUAAUUGUAGGUGGAAUGCGAUUAUUGUUUGAUGUGGAUUUUAAUGACCUUCCUAUCCCAUCUAUUAUUCGUUCUUCCGUGGAAGAUUUACUUAUUCCACCGCAUGAACGACCAUCCCAGAGGUCUGAAGUUCAUCGCUUACGCCAUCACUUUCUUGGUGCAAGAGUACGUCAAAUGUUUGCGUCUGUAGAAAAGGCCAUUGAUAAAUCGGCAUGGAGAAAUCGAAUAGUGCCUGGAAAAGCGUCUACGGAUCGUUUGGAUCAACAAUUACCACUGCAAUCACAAAAAAAAGAAAAUAAAGAAGAAUAA